CUCUCUCUACGCUUCUCUACGUUCGGAAGCGUGGUAGAGAGAUAACACAUCGCUAACUCGGCGUUUUCCGCUCCGUUUUCCCCACUCUGCCUCUUUUUUCUCAGUCAUUGAGUUGGAUUUUCUGUUCCCUGUUAUGGCGGCUACUGCAACUGCUGUUUCUGUUGGACCACGAUAUGCACCAGAGGAUCCAACCCUCCCCAAACCAUGGAGAGGUUUAGUUGAUGGAAAAACAGGAUAUCUUUACUUUUGGAAUCCAGAAACUAAUGUCACUCAAUACGAGAGACCUGUGGCCACUGCUCCACUAAAUUCAUCUAUAGUGUCCAUAAGUUCUUCAGUUCAAAUUCAAAAGCCAUCCUCAGGCAACUCUUAUAGCAAUAAUUUCAAUGAAAAUAGUGAUAAGUACGGAAGAAGUGCCCAUGGGGCAUCCAAACACGAGGCAGCAAGGGCUGAAACUUUUCAUUCACAUGAUACAUCAAAUGGAACGCCUAAUACUGGGCAUGGAGGAACGUUGUUGAAAGGACAUAGACCAUCAGAUGCAGGGAGUGGAUUAUCUACUGAGGCUUAUCGUCAGCGGCAUGAAAUAACUUUUUCAGGAGAUAAUGUGCCUCCACCAUAUACGUCAUUUGAGGCCACCGGUUUCCCACCUGAGAUUCUUAGGGAGGUACAAAAUGCAGGGUUCUCUGCUCCAACUCCAAUUCAGGCGCAGUCAUGGCCAAUUGCUCUUCAGAGUAGAGAUAUUGUAGCUAUUGCUAAAACUGGCUCUGGAAAAACUCUUGGGUACUUAAUACCAGGUUUUAUUCAUCUCAAGCGCAGUCGCAAUGAUCCUAAGCUAGGUCCUACUGUUUUGGUGCUGUCACCAACAAGGGAGUUGGCAACACAGAUUCAAGAUGAAGCUGUGAAAUUCGGAAAGUCAUCGAGAAUUUCUUUGAAGUGUCUAUAUGGAGGAGCACCAAAGGGUCCACAAUUGAGGGAUAUAGACCGUGGAGUAGAUAUUGUUGUUGCAACUCCUGGUCGGUUGAAUGAUAUUCUUGAGAUGAGGAGAAUCAGUCUACAUCAGGUUUCUUAUCUUGUACUCGAUGAGGCUGACCGUAUGCUGGACAUGGGAUUUGAACCCCAGAUAAGAAAGAUUGUAAGGGAGGUACCUGCUCGUCGUCAGACCUUAAUGUACACAGCUACUUGGCCAAAAGAAGUUCGAAAAAUUGCAUCAGAUCUGCUUGUUAAUCCUAUUCAAGUCAAUAUUGGCAAUGUUGAUGAGCUUGUUGCUAACAAAUCCAUAACUCAGCAUAUUGAAGCAUUAGCGCCCCUGGAGAAGCAUAGACGAUUGGAGCAGAUAUUGAGAUCUCAAGAACCAGGAUCAAAAGUAAUAAUCUUUUGUUCUACAAAGAAAAUGUGUGAUCAACUUGCUCGUAACCUUACGCGCCAGUUUGGAGCUGCUGCUAUUCAUGGGGACAAAUCCCAGGGUGAGAGAGAUCAUGUUCUUGGUCAAUUUCGCAGUGGGAGGACUCCCAUCCUUGUCGCUACUGAUGUUGCAGCUCGAGGACUGGACAUUAAAGACAUCAGAGUUGUUAUCAACUAUGACUUCCCUUCCGGAGUGGAGGAUUAUGUUCAUAGGAUUGGUCGAACUGGGAGAGCAGGUGCUACUGGUAUUGCUUACACAUUCUUCGGUGAGCAGGAUGCCAAGUAUGCUUCUGAUCUGAUUAAAAUUUUGGAGGGAGCUAACCAGCGAGUCCCACCAGAACUUCGUGACAUGGCUUCUCGAAGUUAUGGAAUGACCAAGUUUAGACGUUGGGGUCCUGGUUCUGACGGUCGUGAUGGGGGUCGCGGUGGACGCACUGACUCAAAUUCUGGUGGGCGGGGUGGACAGGGAUCAUCUUUCUUUUCUUCUGCUAAGCCAGACCGAGGCGGUGGCCGUGGAUAUGACUUCGACUCUCGUGAGAGGUACGAUGUUGGACAUAAUAACCGUGGUCGCAGUCCACCAAGGAGUGUGGUGGGCGUGGGAGGUGACCGAACCAAAAGUUGGAACCGGGAACACAGCCCACCUAGUUGGAGCCCGGACAGGUCUGCACCAGCACGUGACCGGUCUCCAGUACGGAGUUUUCACAAAGCAAUGAUGGAGCGUAGUGGCAGGUCAUCCCCGCCAUCGAACAAUCAGAAUGUUCCACCUCGAGGAAUUGACAAUGCUUCUAAGAACGGUAUUGGAAGUUGGAACCAAGGCCGGAGCCGGAGCCGAAGUCCCAACCGUUUCAACAGGGCUCCAGCAGCACGAGAACGUUCUCCAGUUUCAAGUUUUCACAAAUCAAUGAUGGAAAAAGGAAAUUUUGGAGACAACCCAGAGAAGGAUUUGAGAAAAUUGCCCAGUGAUCGUAUGGAUGGUGGUCGCUUCUCGUAUCCUCUAGAAGAAGACGAGGAAGGCAUGAUCCCGCAAGAGGAAAAUGGACAUGCAUAGGGGAGCGAGCAGGAAAGACGGAUAGAAUCGUCCAUCUCCCAAGGCAUUUAUUUUUGAAGGGAAAAGGUCAGUGAAUGGAAGGUUAGUGCAUUAAGCCUUUUGGUGCAUAUUUUGAUUAAUUAAGGAAACUAUAAAAGACCCAAGAUUCAUCCUCCUAUGCUUUGUCUAUAAACUAAACCUCAACUUUUGGUGCAAACAAAGGGAAGGGCUGGUUUACUAUAUGUGCCUGAAGAUAGAGCUCCAAUUGAAACAUUUCAUCUGUUCUAUUAUAUUCUAUUCUAUUGGUUCUGUUUUACUCCCAGGCUUUCAUUUUUUGGGUGAGGGGAGGUGGUUUUGUAUUUGGAUACAAAAUGUUAUGGACAUGGGCUGUAAUAGAAGAAGGGUAUAAUUGUAAAUUUAGCGAUGUUGUGUGUGUUGUCUCAAUGAGAGAUGUACAUGUACAUGUUAGGGAGUAGAAUCGGUGCUCUCUUUAAACAUUUUGGUGUCACUGUUGUUGUUAUUAGACUUUUGGAGAAUGGAGUUUGUUUUUGAACAAUUUCUA